GGAGGAGGAGUUGGGUUUGAGCAGGCGGAGGGAGCAGCCGCAACACCAAGAACAGCUCAGGGUCAAACUUUUACAAGUGCUGACUAAUAACUCACCUUUGUUUCUGGAAUUUUUGUUCAACAUGCGCAGUUGGGGGCAUGGUUUGUGUGGAAGCUGUUUGCUCCAUAACCGGUUUUGAGGAGGCGCGUGGUGAGGCGCGGCGGAGCCUGAUGGGAGCGCACAGCCGCAGCAGCAGCGCCAAACUCACAAUGCGCUCUGAGUGAGGAGCACAGGACACAAUACACCGAGGAGAAGCAGCACUCCUUUUUCCUCUUCUUCCCAGCCCGGAUCACUGCUGCACUAAUAUUCCGACGGUCGAUCGUAUCGAUUAAUUGAUUCCACAGACAGACGACGAGGGCGAGAGGCUCAAUCUCCAAACUCAGCCAUGACGUCUCCGGCAAAAUUCCGAAAGGACAAGGAGAUACUGGCCGAAUACGACGCUCAAGUCAAAGAGAUCCGAGCCCAGCUGGUGGAACAGCUCAAAUGUCUGGACCAGCAGAGUGAGCUGAGGGUGCAGCUGCUUCAGGACCUGCAGGACUUCUUUAGGAAGAAAGCUGAGAUUGAGAUGGAUUACAGCCGCAACUUGGAGAAGCUUGCAGAGAGGUUCCUCACCAAGACACGCAGCACCAAGGACCAUCUACUCAAGAAAGAGCAGAGCAUUUUAUCUCCAGUGAACUGCUGGAACCUUUUGCUGCUUCAGGUGAAGAGGGAAAGUCGUGACCACGCGACCCUGUCUGACCUCUACCUCAACAACAUCAUUCCUCGCUUUGCUCAAAUCAGUGAGGACUCAGGACGCCUUUUUAAGAAGAGCAAAGAGGUUGGCAUUCAGCUGCAAGAGGACUUGAUGAAAGUUCUUAAUGAGCUUUACACGGUGAUGAAGACAUACCACAUGUACAACACUGACAGCAUCAAUGCUGAGUCCAAGCUAAAGGAGGCGGAGAAGCAGGAGGAGAAACAGAUGGGGCGCUCUGGGCGACAGGAUGACCGGCAGACACCGCGCUCCCCAGACGCCCUGAGCAGCAUCAAGACCGAUGAGAAACCCGUCAGACGUUCUAGUGUCAAAAAAAUAGAGAAGAUGAAGGAGAAGAGGCAGGCCAAGUACACCGAGAACAAGCUGAAAGCCAUCAAAGCCAGGAAUGAGUACCUAAUCGCGCUUGAGGCCACCAACAGUUGUGUCUUCAAAUAUUACAUCCAUGACCUCGCUGACAUUAUUGACUGCUGUGACCUGGGCUACCAUGCCAGCCUGCACCGUGCCCUCAGGACCUACUUAUCUGCAGAACAGAAUGUAGAGACGUCCAAACACACUGGUUUGGAGGCACUGGAGGGAGCUGCAGAGAGACUGGAACCCAACGGAGACAAACAGAAAUUGAUGGAGUCAUACAACAAUGUCUUCUGCCCCCCAGCUCGGUUUGACUUCCAGUCCCACAUGGGAGACACGACGAGUGUGGUGUGCGCACAGCAGCCGCUGGAAGGUGAGCUGCUCCAGAGGUGUCAGCAGCUGCAGUCCCGCCUCUCCACACUCAGGAUAGAAAACGAAGAGGUGAAGAAAACCAUGGAGGCCACUCUGUCCACCAUCCAGGACAUGGUGACAGUUGAGGACUAUGAUGUGUCUGAGUGCUUCCACCACAGCAACAGCAUGGAGUCGGUUAAAUCCUCCGUCAGCGAAUCUUAUCUGAGCAAGCCCAGUCUGGCCAAGCGACGAGCAAAUCAGCAGGAGACGGAGCAGUUUUAUUUCACGAAACUGAAGGAGUUUCUGGAAGGCAGGAAUCUGAUCACCAAGCUGGAAGCCAAGCAUGACCUCAUCCAGAAGACACUGGGAGAGAGUCAAAAGACUGACUGCGUUGUUGCCAGUGGACGGAGAAACUCUGCAGUCCGGAACCAGGACUUGGCUGAGACGAUUCCUCUGAUGGUCGAGAGCUGCAUCCGCUUCAUCAGUCGCCAUGGUUUGCAGCAUGAGGGCAUCUUCAGAGUGUCAGGCUCUCAGGUGGAAGUCAACGACAUCAAAAAUGCCUUUGAAAGAGGUGAGGACCCGUUGGCAGGGGAUCAGAACGACCACGACAUGGAUUCCAUUGCUGGUGUCCUCAAGCUUUAUUUUAGAGGACUGGACCACGCCCUGUUCCCUAAGGAAGUCUUCCAUGACCUCAUGUCCUGCGUCUCAAUGGAGAGCCUCCAGGAGCGGGCAGCCCACAUUAAGAAAGUUUUGCAAUCUCUGCCAAGCAAAACCUUGAUUAUCAUGCGAUAUCUAUUUGCCUUCCUCAAUCACCUGUCUCAGUACAGUGAGGAGAACAUGAUGGACCCCUACAACUUGGCCAUCUGUUUUGGACCCACCCUGAUGUCUGUGCCUGAGGGCCACGACCAGGUCUCAUGCCAGGCCCAUGUCAACGAGCUUAUAAAAACAAUCAUCAUCCACCAUGACACCAUCUUUCCUGGGGUGCAGGAGCUGCAGGGUCCCAUCUACACCAUCCCUGGAGCAGGAGAUGAUUUCUGCGACAGUCCACACUGUGAGCCCCCUCUUGUGGAAGAACCAGCACCUGACACCGUGCCCACCAGCCACAACAGUGAUGAUGGCUCCUUGGCUGUUUCAGAGUCGGACCCAGUGGAAGCCAUCGCUCGGUUUGAUUACUCCGGCCGUACCAAUCGAGAGCUGUCUUUUAAGAAAGGAGCAUCUCUACUUCUGUACCACCGAGCGUCCGAUGACUGGUGGGAGGGACGAUACAACGGAAUGGAGGGACUGGUGCCACACCAGUACAUUAUAGUCCAAGACAUGUCUGAUGGGGGUCGGGGAAGUCCAAAGACUGACGUUGACUCCAGAGAUGUUCUGGAGGAGAGAGUGUCCACUAGAGGCAGCGCUGCUUCACCUACUGGAGCCCAUGUGGCUGAUAUCUACUUAGCCAACCUCAACAAGAUGAGGAAACGCCCAGAGACUGGGGGCAUCCGAAGAACAUUCCGAGCUUCAGAAAGUGACAGUCCAGCAACCAGCGGGGUGGGAGGUGGAGUGAGAACAACUUCUCUUCCUGUAGGCGCUCUGGUGAAAGAGACUGUUGACAAACGACCUCUCAGUGCUCACAGCAUCCUGAAUUCAGUCACACGCCACUCCUCGCUUAAAACUAAGGUGGAGAGUCCACAGUUACGCAAGACAACUCCAGCAGGACGCUCGAAGAGUUUCAGCAACCACAGACCUCUAGACCCUGAGGUGUUUGCUCAGGUGGAGCACAGCUCACAGGAUAUCGAGGUGGCAAUGAGCUCAGCCCUGAGUGACCUCAGAGAGCUGGAGAGAAAGAGCGCCUCCAAACAUACCCACGCCCCUGAUGUGGUGCUAGACACACUGGAGCAGCUGAAAGGUGUGGUGGGUGGUGGCGGAGGAGGAGGAGCUUCAGAGCCUUCUAGUCCACUACAUUCCCGUUUCUUACGAGAUGGUGAAGGCGGCUCCACGCAUGUCCACCCACUUCAGCGCAGUGCCUCCUCUGCUAGCGAUGUACCCUCCUCAUUCCGACCCUCCAAGAGCCAAACGCGGAGCCCGCUGUCUUCUACAACGUCACCUUCUCUGUCUUCUUCUGUACCAUCAUUUAGAGAUCUGCGGCCACCUGCUACAAAACCCAAGCCGGUGGUGUUCCCAAAGAGCGGAGGAGGAAGCGGAAGUCCAGCCAUGGGAUCACCUACCUCCACUGGUCUGCCAGCACCUCCUCCUCCACCCACAGUCCACAUGCACUCGCUCCCUCAUACCCCUCCUCCACCGCCCCCACCCCAGUCUAAUGACAAAUCCUGCCCAGCUUAGCACAACCUCCCCAAACUCACAGCUCUUCUUCUGUCAAGUGCUGGAAGAAUUUAAUUUCUUUCACAUUAGACCACCUAACCCUCUACUCGUGUGUAGCAUCUCUGGUAUCAGGCAAGUUCUCAAACUCAGUGUUCCAUUUCGAGAGCUGAUUGUUUUUCUUUUUUGCCGUCUCCUGGCAACUCUGCAUACUACAUGCUGAGUGCACAUGGUUGAGCACCCGUUAGACAUUUUUACUCACAACAGAGUUUCCAGAGAUCACUGGAUUUUAUCUACUUUUUGAGGGAACAGGGCUGAGGAUGGACCACAGCAAUCCUGGAGCUUACUGACAUUCGUUUGUGAUGUUUUGAAAUUGCGUUUGAGUGGGUGUGCAAGAUUAUUACAUGCCUUACAUGUAGAGUUAUGGGAGGAACAAAAAGCACUGUUUGAUUUUCAUAGUAGACCCCUUUCCUUUUUAAUGAAUCCAUAAAUUCAGGACUGGAAUACAAUGUUUGAUUCCUGAGAACAGACUGUGAAAUGCUCAGCUCUGAAUCUGUGUGUGUCUUGCUGCUUUAGAAGCGGAAGACUGGAACUAAAGACGGAAUUAUAGAAUGAUGAAAGGAAGAGUCAAAUAUCAUUAAAACCUGGGCCAAAUUCUAUAGCAAGUCAUGUGAUUACAAGCUUUACUCACUUUCUGCAGUGUUAAGGAAUGUUCGUGAUGUUAUUAUAAGUAUUCUCCAAUAUCUAAGAAUACCCAGUAGUCAUUCUAAAUCCACUCAGAGCAAUAAACACAAUGAAAGCUGUUUAACAGCUCUGUAAUAUGUGUAGGGGACCACUGAAACCCAGCAUUUAUAGUUUUUAUUGUUGGAAUUUAUACACGCACAAAUUGACCAUAUCUGUGCGCCAAUGAUUUGUGGCAGCUAAACGCCUUUCAGGUUCUUCUUGCAUGCUGGGGCCGUGAAUAGCAACCACACUGUUACGCUGGCUAAAUGUACGAGUAUUUACUGAUAUAUCAAGUCCAGCUCACUCCUUCAUCGAUUUAAGAGUUU